AUGAAUGACACAUAUUUCUUUCCUGCAUACAGUGAAAAGAUGAAUGAUUAUGAUGCAUAUUUAUUGCAACCUAUAGACUAUCAGUACAUGACUACGAAUCUUUUGCAACCGGUUGUAGUCGCAUCACAAACGGAAAGGGUUGACAAGUAUCUACCGGAAUUCCAUCAAUACUCUAAAGAGACAUAUGAAAAGAAACGAAACAAGAAGGAGAUGGUCUCCCGACGCCGGGUUCAUAUCCAAUCCGAACAACGACGUCGAGCACAAAUUAAGGACGGUUUCGAUGCCCUUCGAGAACAUUUGCCUGCUUGCGUCGGUAAAAAGAUGAGUAAAGUGGCUUUACUACACUCCACAGUACAACAUUUACAGCAUUUCGAAAAGAGUCAACGUACAAUCAAAUUAGAAUUACAACGUUUAAUUGAGGAUAAUGAAAAAUUGAAAGCUCAAUUAAACAUGAUUCAAACCCCUUCUCUCCCCCCCUUUUUGUGA